AUGAUACCUAUGACAUCAAGAAAAAAUCAAAUGGAAGAUGCUUUGAAAGUUCUUAAAGAUGAAGGUUUUAAAAAAGCUUUUUUAAUUUUUGAAGAAUCAAUAAAUGAAGAAGUAAAUCCAUGUGAAGAUUUUUAUGAUUUUGCUUGUGGAAAAUGGAUAGCUAAUAAUGAUAUUCCUGAUGAUUUAUCUUCUUAUGGAAGAUUUAGUGCUUUAAGAGAGAAUGUUUCUCAAGAAAUGAAAGAUCUUUACAAUAGUGAUAAUACACUUAAAUCAAAAUCUGUUGAUUAUUUGAAAGAAAUAUACAAAAAAUGCAUGGAUACAAAAUCUCUUGCUGCAACAAGUAUUAAGGAACUUAUCAAAUCUCUUGAAAGUUAUGGAUUUUGGCCAAUUAUUCAUGGAAAUAAAUGGAAAUCAAAUAAUUUUGAUUUAACUGACCUUCUUAUUAAUCUUAUUCAAUCGCGGUCAAUUGAUGUAUUUUUAGAACUUUAUGUAUCACAAGACUCAAAGAAUGUAACUAGGAGAAUGCUUCAUAUUGAUCAAGGAAGUCUUGGAUUAGGGUCAAAUUCACGUGAUUAUUAUUUGAACAAAGAAAAAUAUGCAAAACAAAUAAGUGCUUACAGAAAAUAUUUAAUAGCUAAAAUAUCACUUUUAGCACAAGAUUCUGGUUCUAAAAGAACCAUAGAUGAAAUAACAAAAGAUGUUGAUGAGAUGAUUGAUUUUGAAACUGAAUUUGCUAAAAUAUUAGUUCCUGAUCAUUCUAGAAGAAACUAUACAGAAUUAUAUAAUAUUAUUAAAAUUGAUGAAUUAGAUAAAUUGAUGCCAUUAAUAGAUUGGAACAGAUAUUUUCGUGCAAUUACUCCUUAUGAUUUACAUGAUUAUUUUAAUUCAAAUCCUGAUAUUAUUGUUACUGAAUUAAAAUUUUUUGAUAGAGUUUUAGAACUUCUUAAAAAUACAGAUACAAGAGUUAUAACAAAUUAUAUUUUAACAAGAUAUUUUUCUGCAUGGACAAUGCAACUUGAUGAAAGAUAUGAAGAUAUUCAACAAGAAUUUUUAAAAGAAUUUGUUGGAAAAAAGGUAAAAUCUCCAAGAUGGAAAGAUUGUAGUGCUACUGCAUCUUCUAAACUACCAUAUGCAAGUGGUGCUAUGUAUAUAGAUGCUUUCUUUAAUGAUAAAGAUAAAGCUGCUGCAAUGGAUAUGGUAAAAGAUUUAAGAGAAGCUUUUAACGAAAUUCUUGAAUCAAAUAACUGGAUGGAUGUUGAUACUAAAAAAUAUGCUUUAGAAAAAUUACAUGAAAUGAUGCCUUUAAUUGGAUAUCCAGAGUUUAUAAAAAAUACCACAUCAUUAGAUGAAUAUUAUAAAGGUUUAGAAAUUACGAGUCAUGAUAGUUAUGCUGAAAUUCUCCAAAAAAUUACUACUUGGUCGCAACAUAAAAUUUUUAGACGCCUUCUUGAACCAGUUGAUCGUGAAGAUUUUGGAAUGAGUUCAGCAGUUGUUAAUGCUUAUUAUAGCUCAAUUAAAAAUGCAAUUGCUUUUCCUGCAGCUAUUUUAAGAGCUCCAUUUUUUGAUCGAAGAUUUCCAAAAUCAAUUAAUUAUGGUGGAAUAGGAGCUGUAAUCGGGCAUGAAAUAACACAUGGUUUUGAUGAUCAAGGAUCACAAUUUGACAAAAUUGGAAAUUUAAGAAAUUGGUGGGAUGAAACAACACAAAAAGAAUUUAAAAAGCGUACUAAAUGUAUUGUUGAUCAAUAUGGUUCAUAUGAAGUUCCAGACACAGGUCUUAAAAUUAAUGGUAUUUUAACACAAGGUGAAAAUAUUGCUGAUAAUGGUGGAAUUAAAGGAGCAUUUAGAGCAUAUAAAAAUUACAUUAAAAGAUUAGGUCAUGAUGAACCUAGAAUUCCUGGUUUUGAAAAGUAUUCAAAUGAUCAAAUAUUCUUUAUGUCUUAUGCCCAGACAUGGUGUGGUAAAGCAAAACCACAAAGUGUUAUUAGACAGAUAUUAGGUGAUCCUCAUUCCCCAAUGAGAUUCCGUGUUAAUGGUGUUAUGGUAAAUCAACCUGACUUUGCAAAUGCUUUUCAAUGCCCAAUUGGUUCUAAGAUGAAUCCUGGUAAGAGAUGUGAAGUUUGGUAA